AUGGAGCCCGAGGCCGGCGACCACGGCCUGGCCUUUCGCAGUCUCCACAGCGGCUCCGGCGAGAUGAAACUGCGGAAGAGGAAGUCCACGCUGUACGUGAAUACGCAGGAGAAGCGCUCUCAGCGCGGCGGUCUUCUUGGAGAAAGCAUUUACCUGGUCUUGUUUACCAUUGCUCUGCGAAUACUUAACUGCUUCCUAGUGCAGACCAGUUUCGUUCCUGAUGAAUACUGGCAGUCUCUUGAAGUUGCACACCACAUGGUCUUCAGUUAUGGUUAUCUGACCUGGGAAUGGACAGAGAGACUGAGGGGCUACACUUACCCCCUCAUCUUUGCGAGCAUUUACAAGAUUCUGCAUCUUUUGGGGAAAGACAGUGUUCAAUUACUGAUCUGGAUUCCCAGACUGGGCCAAGCUCUUCUCUCUGCUGUAGCAGAUGUGAGGCUUUACUCGCUCAUGAAGCACGUGGGAAACCAGGAAGUGGCACGAUGGGUGUUUUUUUGCCAGCUGUGCUCCUGGUUCACGUGGUACUGCUGUACCCGGACCCUCACGAACACCACGGAGACUGCCCUCACUGCAAUUGCCCUCUUCUACUAUCCCCUGGAAGGCUCGAGGUCCAUGAACAGCGUCAAGUACUCACUCCUGGUUGCACUCGCUUGCAUCGUCCGCCCCACUGCGCUCAUCCCAUGGGUGCCGUUACUCUUCAGUCACUUCUACCAAGAGCAGAGAAAGCGCCAUCUGACCCUGCAUCACUUUUUACCUGUAGGACUUAUAACCUUCAGUUUGUCUCUGAUAAUUGAUCGCAUCUUUUUUGGCCAAUGGACGUUGGUCCAAUUUAAUUUCUUGAAAUUUAACGUGCUGCAGAAUUUGGGGACAUUUUAUGGCUCUCAUCCAUGGCACUGGUACUUCAGUCAAGGGUUUCCAGUUGUCCUGGGAACCCACUUACCCUUCUUCAUCCACGGCUGCUUCCUAGCCCCAAGGAGGCUGCACAUACUACUGCUGACCGUGCUGUGGACACUGCUGGUGUACAGCAUGUUGGGCCACAAAGAAUUCAGGUUUAUCUAUCCAGUUUUACCAUUUUGCAUGGUGUUCUGUGGGUACUCACUAGCCCACCUGAAGGCAUGGCGGAAGGCAGCUCUAAGUUUCCUGCUUCUGUCAAAUAUGCUGCUGGCUCUCUAUACUGGCCUAGUUCACCAGCGAGGCACUCUGGAUGUCAUGAGUCACAUUCAGCAAGUCUGCCCCAGAGGUCCUGAGCCAGCUUCAGUCUCCGUGUUCAUCAUGAUGCCUUGCCACUCCACUCCUUACUACAGCCACGUUCACUGCCCACUGUCCAUGCGGUUUCUCCAGUGUCCUCCAGACUUGACUGGAAAAUCCCAGUAUCUUGAUGAAGCAGAUACGUUCUACCUAAAUCCCUUAAGCUGGCUACAACAAGAGUUUCCAAGCAAUGCAUCUCUCCCCACUCACUUGGUCACCUUCAGUGUUCUGGAGAAGGAGAUCCGCGCCUUCCUCACUUCGGGGAGCUAUGAGAGGACUGCUAUUGUCUUCCAUACGCACUGGCCAGAGGGUCGGACUGGAAGUCACAUACAUGUCUAUGAACGACGGUUACCCGGCAGGAGCGUCGCCACAGGAGGGAAUGAAUUGUGAGGACGGCUGCAGAGACGCUGGCAUAACCGAGGGGAACUUCAAGUGGUUCGUGAAAUGAAGAGAAAGCCGCUUGGGGGCGGCUAUACCAUCUAUCAUACCGAGGCAUUCUCAGAAAACACUAGUACGACGCCAGAUUUGACAGAGACCUUUAGUUUUCCUCACGGUGCAGUUUAUUGUUCUUCCAGUGUUCAGGUGUGCAAGAGCGUUCACAAGAACAAGUCAGCAAGCUCUUCACAAGCCAAUGGGCUCUUGAUCCCACAGAGAGACAAAAGCGUGAGAGUAGAACACGUUAGAGGGGGUCCUUGUCUCAGCUCAUUCCUCAAGCCAUACUGCACACCAAGAUGGCGGCACUUCCUGCCCUGUAUGAGCUGAGCUCAGCUACUCAAACCAAGCCUUGUUUCAUGCACAGAAUAUUUCAUGCCUGGCUUCCUUAAUAAAACUACUUUUUUUUUUCCAGAGCAAAAAAAAAGUUUUUAACAAACCUAAGCUAUGGGAAAAUGCAAGUUAGUAAGCUUUGCAUUUGUAUAAUAUAAAGCUAUCAAACCAGUCUCUAGAAAUGAAAAGACAGCCAUCUUGGGGGUUUUACCUUAAUUUCAACACCAAACAAAGUAGAAAGCAUCCACUUCUCUAAAUUUCCUAAUUUAACCAUGAAUCAGUAUUUAUGAUCAAAAGGUAACUGCCCCAGUUCUAUCUCAAGGUUUGCUGUGUGUCUUCCAUUAGUGCAACUGUAUUUGUGCCAUUUACCUUCCCUUUUAUAAGGCUGUGGAUGGAGGUGCUUCUGCUCUUGUUUUCGGUGCCUGGAGUUUUCAAUAUUUACCAUACGUUGCUUUUUAUCAGGUCGACUGAAAGUAGUAAACACAUUUUUUAUCUAUGUUAGAGUUUAGUUUUCUAAAAGUAAAAAUAACUUAAUGCUUUUCUCCAUUAAUCUACUAUCUGAGCACUGCAAAAAGAUAAAAUACAGAAUAUAAUUGUAUUUAUAAUACCCGGAAAGGGGGAAUUCACUACUUUUCAACAAUAAGGGAAAAAAUAGACAUAAAUACAACUGUACCGGCUGGAAGGGGAAAGCAAGUAAGUAAUGAGGACAGGAAUGUGACAAUGAAAUAAUGAGAUGUUCCGCUAUUCCAGUUUAAAAAUGUGUCGUGUCCAUCGGCUUCAUCGCUCAGCUGAAAUCUAGACGCACACUCUCAAAGCUGUCUGCCUUUCCCUGCACUCCGCCACCACUGCCUCACACAGAGCCAUGGCAGCUCCCUGCGGUCCUCAGCUCAGCACGGACUCCCACCUCUGGGUGCGAGUGCUCUCACUCUGCAGUCUUUUCUUGCUUGGCUUCUCUACAAUGGCACAGAUGUCUGUGUCCCUGCACAGCCCUUCCAAUGGGGACUGACUCUGGAGUGAGUCAAUGAAUGCUGGGUAACUAACUGCCAACUGAUCCUCUCCACAUAAAUGUCAACGGGCACCUCCAAAACCAAUCCACUUCUGGAUCCUCUGCUUAGCACCUUUUCUGGUAUUCUCUGGGUAAUAUCAUUCCAGAUGUAUGGAAAUCACUUCCUUUCUAAUCCCUUUACAUAUAACUGUUUAUGCGUUGUUUUAAAUGUAUCUUGUCUCCUCCCACCUCAGUGUCACACGUGUAGACACCACUGCUGGUUUCACAGCUUGCCAAUCAAUCCUCUUGGCUCCCAGUCAGCUAAAGGGCUAGGCACAAUUCCACCCCAUGACAAAAUCCUUCAGAAAUUCUCCAUCUCACAAGACAGACACUUCAGGACAAAGCGGAGACUUUCCUAAUUCCCUCUAGCCCACCUAUUUCGUAAAGAAGUAGGUCUUCAUUCCUCUACACCUUUGCAAAUGACCUUCCAUUUCAGUAAGAUGCCUUCCCUACUAACCCUCACUUCUCUUCCAAAAGCCAGUUUCAAAACAAGUUUAGAUGCAAGGUCACUUCAAUCAUGAAGUAUUCCUGGCAUGACUGCCCUGAUGCUACUAGGUGCACACCUAAUUCUUAAAGAGCCAGGGGUUUGCUCGCACAGCACUAGACACCUGCUUCAGGAACUAAAGAUAUCAGAAACCAGUCUCAUUAUUUUAUAGGCACACUUGAUUUAUUCAUAAAGAUGGAACUGUGACUCUCAAAGGUAAACACCACAUAUAUGCAGUUACAGAAUAAAAAGCUGAAGGACAAUGGACACAAGAUUGAUUGUGGGGCAUUGUGGCUCCUGAGCAUCCAUCACCCUUUUCUAUAGUGACCCGUCAAUGAGUACUCUUACAGAGGGGCAGUUGCACAUGACCUGAACUGACAUUAAAAUCUGUUCUAGCUUCCUAUCAAAGAUUAUACUACACUGAAAGAAACCAAAUUGGCUCAAAUAAGCCAAUAUAUCCUUAACUAAUUUUUAAGGUAGAAUUCAAUCAUUUGUUCAAGCCAAUGUGAUUAUAUAGUACAUGGAUUUUUCAGUUUGCAAUAUUUAAGUUUUAAAACUUUUUCAAUUUAUUCUGAAUUUCAGUGGUACUAAAGCUUGCCUCUUACAAACAGUAACCUUCCAAGAAGCUCAGCAAUUAAUAAAAAAAAAAAAACACUAUGCAAUAUACCACUCUUAGAAGCUAUUAGA